UUGUAACCUGAUACGAUGCCGUGUUUUGGUUCGGUUCCGUGAGUUACCGUACGACAGUGAAAGCGAUGGGCGGACAGGGUAGCAGCCUUCUACACAGAAUCCCCGGCUUCAAACCUCUCCAUAUCGUCAUGCUAGGCUUAGACUCAGCCGGCAAGACUACUGUACUGUACAGACUCAAGCUCGGAGAGUUUGUAAACGCUUUACCGACCGUGAGUUUUAACACCGAACAUAUCCAGUUUAAAGGGGAGGUCGGGAACAACAUGGUGUUUAAAGUCUGGGACGUCGGAGGCCAAGAAAAACUACGACCUUUGUGGAGACCGUACACAAGAGGUACAGACGGGAUAGUUUUUGUCGUGGACAGUGUGGAUAAAGAGAGGCUAGACGAGGCUAGAACUGAGAUUUUACGCGUAGCAAGGUACACAGAACACCAGGGCGUGCCUAUCCUUAUUUACGCCAACAAACAGGACCUUCCCGGUGCACUGAGUGUCCAAGAAGUCGAGGAAACCCUGUCUGUAUCCGACAUAAGGACCACCAACUUGUGCCACGUUCAACCAACUUGUGCAAUUAUCGGAGAAGGGCUAACAGAAGGACUCGAGGCGCUGUAUCGGAUGAUCAAAAAGAGGAGAAAAAUGCUGAAACAGCAGAAAAAGAGAGGGAGGUGACACGCAAGUGGGAAUGGCCAUUCUGUGUGUCUUAUUUGUAAAGGAAUUUGGACAAUAAACAACUAGGAAUGCCACAUGGGCAGUGGAAAGUGACCACUGUUUGACAGGGAAAUCAUGUAUAUAUCUGGUCACAGGUGGAAAACACCAUUAUCGUUGCUUAUUGAAUUUAACGUUAAAAUUAUUCAAAUUCGUAUUGUAUACCUGUAUAUAAAUCAUUAUGAGAAUAGUUUUUGUACCUUCCCUUUUCAAUUUUAAUCUUUUACCACUUCCCUGUAUUUUUAAUACUUCCUAAAACCCCAACUUGUAUUUUAUAAACAUACUUGCCUCAUGGUUUAAAUGGUUUUAAAUGGAACGAAUAUCCCACAAAUUAUGGUGCAACCGUUGACUGUUUUAAUAAGCAAUGGACAAUCAUAAUGUGUUAAAAUGUGUUAUUUUAUUAAACACUAAUAUGUUGCAUACAUGUAAUAUCUUAGCAUAUGUGCAGCUUGGCAAAGUAACAUUUCUUUUUAUAGAUAAGUAUUUUUUGAUCGAAUCCAUUGUUUUAUUUUCUAUUACUGUACACAGUUUUGCACAUGUAAUGUAGAUUAACAUUUUUUUGUAGCAUAUUCAUGAUAUUGCCUUACUAAUUGGCACGAAGACUGCAGUGCUCAAGAUAGAGAUCAGCUGAUAUCAUUUUAUGUCCCCUUGUACUGAAGUCCAAAUUUCUUUCCACCAAGAAAUUUAUUGAUGUAACUGUGUGACUCUGUACUACUGCAAAUCUUGAAAUACUUGUGGUGGACUUAUCUUUGCAGCAAUUGUGGUAACCUGUUACCAUAAACUGAAGCCAUAACACUUCAAAUGUUUGUUAUUCUACUGUGCUACAGAACUGUUUCAAAGGGAAACUUCAAAACCUCAAAAAACCCUUUAUGCCUUCUUACCUGAAAUAAAACCACUGCAAAAGUAAAUGCAUUUACUGUAUAUAGCCUACCAGCAUAGAUGAACUUUCAUGCUGGUUUAUUGAUUUGUAUGCUUUUCUCAAGGCAGCAGAUUAAUCUACUAGUAUGUAUGUUUCAAUUUCCAAGCAGAUUAUAUACAAAUGUACGACUUUGGGUGCUGUAGUAUUUGUGUGCCUUUUUCCUGACAUCUGAAUAUGUUUCAAGUGGCACAUUUUCUAACUUGAAGGACAUUAAUUAUUUAUAUAGGGAAUAUAUUAUGUCCUUGGUAAACUUAAAGCAAGAUGAAAACAGAAUGUACCAGUUGAAACUUCAAAACCCUUAGAAUGUUGCAAAAAGGCAUACAAUAGGGAAAUGGUGGACUGAAUGCAAGUCAGAAAUACGCACAUUGAAGUUGAAAACCAGAACUGUACAUCUGCAUUGAAAUCACAGUCAAUAUGUUCAUCCGCACAAGACAGUAUCUUUGUAAAAGAUGAUUUGGACAUGAUUAUGAAGUGUGUGGGUAGUGAUCACGAGUUGUACUUGUAAACCUGGUCUGUUAUGGUGAAAAUGAAGACUGUGUAACACGUGGGCAUGUCUUGUAACACUGUGUGAAUAAACUCUGUAUAUGGAAUAACA